AUGGCAAUGGCAAUUAAAUGCAAUGUAAUUGAAAUGGCGAAGAUCAUGACUUUCUUCACAACUAUUGAUUUCUCAAACAACACUUUCAGAGGAGAGAUUCCAAAUGCAAUCAGUAAGCUUAAAUUAUUGAAGGGGCUUAAAUUUUCUCAUAAUGAGCUUACAGGUACAAUUCCACCAUCAUUUGGCAAUAUGUGCAAUCUUGAAUGGUUAGAUCUGUCUUCAAACAAACUUGUUGGUGAUAUUCCGGAGCAAUUGGCAAAUUUGACAUCACUAUCAAAGUUCAAUGUUUCAAAAAAUCAACUUGUGGGGCCCAUACCUCAUCGCAAGCAAUUUGAUACAUUUGAAAAUGAUUCAUAUAGUGGGAAUACCGGAUUGUGUGGAUUGCCACUUUCUAAAACAUGCAAUGCACAUCAAUCACCGCCAUCAUCAUUCCAACAAGAGGAUGAUUUGGAGCAUGGGAAUGGUUUUGAUUGGAAGGUAGUGUUGAUGGGGUAUGCAUCUGGGGUGGUAAUGGGAAUAUCUGUGGGAUAUCUUGUCCUCUCUAAUGGAACACCAGAUUAG